ACACAUGUCCUAGAAUUCCAACUCAUGGGCUUCUCCAAGGAUCCAGACCUGCAGCCCCUCCUCCUGGGACUGUUCCUCUCCAUGUACCUGGUCACGCUGCUCGGGAACCUGCUCAUCAUCCUGGCUGUCACCUCUGACUCCCACCUGCACACACCCAUGUACUUCUUCCUCUGCAACCUGUCCUUGGUUGACGUGGGUCUCACCUCCACCACAGUUCCCAAGUUGAUCGUGGCCAUCCUCACCCACAGCCCAGCCAUCUCCUAUGCCGGCUGCCUGACUCAAAUGUUUUUCUCCAUCAUCUUUGGGUGCACGGAUGAAUUACUUCUGACAGUGAUGGCCUAUGACCGAUUUGUUGCCAUCUGUCACCCCCUGCAUUACCAGGUCAUCAUGAACUCUCACUGCUGUGGCUUCCUAGUUGCAAUGUCCUUUGUGGGCAGCCUUUUGGAUGCCCUACUGCACAAUGGGGUGGUUUUAAAAGUUACCUGCUUCAAAGCUUUGGAAAUUUCUAGCUUCUUCUGUGACCCUUCUCAAAUUCUCAACCUCAUGUGCACAAACGUCUUCACACAUGACAUGCUUAUAUACUUUGUUGGGCUUGUAUAUGGUUUCUUACCUAUCUCAGGGAUCCUUUGCUCUUACUAUAAAAUUGUCUCCUCCAUUCUGAGGGUCCCAUCUCCAGAGGGGAGGCAUAAAGCCUUCUCCACCUGUGGCUCUCACCUCACAGUGGUUGGCUUAUGUUACGGAACAGGCUUUGGAGUGUAUCUGACCUCAGCUUUCUCAGUACGUACCAGGAAUAAUGCAAUGGCCUCGGUGGCAUAUGCAGUGGUCACCCCCAUGCUCAACCCCUUCAUCUACAGCCUGAGGAAUGGGGACAUCAAGAGGGCCAUGUGCAGGGUCCUCCACAAAGCAGUCUCAUCUAGUCUCGGUGUCCUCCACCUGAACCGCAGAUUGAACAACACAGCAACGCCACGCUGGUUACUGGUGAGCGAGAGCAUGGAUGGGAUAAUAGGUUUUUUGGGGUUAAAAUUAAGGAAUUUGGAUGUUCAAUAA